AUGUCGGGGAUAUACCGUAGCACUGAUCUCCUCUUGGACAGCGCCCAAAGCGCCUCCAUAGGCACAUCCCUGCUCUUGGAUUCCAACUAUGAAAACUGUGGUACCGCGGAAAAAGAAGUGAAACAGACACUUGAUUUAAUAGAUGCGUUUUGUGACUCUCUUGACGCAAAGGUUGUUAGUCUUGAAUUAAACAGUGACUGUAUUGAGGAUCAAAUGCCGAUGAUUAUCCAUCGGGUACGCAAGCAACAACCGCUACUAAAACAUCUCACAUUCAACGCGUUUAAUCCUUCUGAAAAUAUUCGAAGGCUUGUCAUGCAUAGUAUCAAGACUGAUGAGUUAAUGAUUGAUGUUAUAUUUAAUUGCGACUACUUCUCCAAGAAUUCUAUCAACUGUGAAAGAUUAAUGAUGGAACGACGUAACGAAUGGUUCAAGUUAUCCUCGACUACUGCAACAAGAGUCAUAUUGUGUAAGGCUAAAUGGACAGAACAGCAGGCGAAUGUUUCCCUGAAAGAAUGGGUCAGAGGAGACCAUCCGAACUUGUUAACCUUUACCGUCGACGUCAUAGAUCAUUUUAGCCCUGAAUUGAUGAUUGAUGGAUUGGAGAUGCUGAAUGCAGAAGAAUGGAAGAAUUCUUCAGUGGAGGAUCGGACCACAUACAUGAAAACUUCAUUCGAAAUGUUAAUGGCACCAUUGCAGCAUUCUGUAUCCGGGUUCGACCUUUUGGAGAUGUUCUAUCUUAUCUUCGGUUUGCUGUGCUCAAACAUUGAAUCUUUAUAUUUGAUUUGA